UUUCCCGGGAAAUUUCCCCGCAAUAUGAGUAUGGAAUGGUCCAAAAAGAGAAAGAAAACAUCUGACGAUGAGGAGGCGAAGUUGAACGAUGCUUUGUUGGAGUUCCAAGCAGACUUUGGACAAUCUUCGUCUGUUUCUUCUCAGCCUAAAACUUUUCUGAGAGGAAAUGUUGUCGAGGGAAAUAAGAUUUCUGCUGGCGACGGUGGAAUCUAUGCACCAAAGUUUUCAAUGAACAUUCCGUCUAAAACUUCGAACGUUGGAUCCAAAGAUUUUGAUGAAGCGAAAAAAUUAGCAGCCGCGAAGGCUCGAAGGAUGCUGGAAGACGUAGCACGAAGCAAAAAAAUGACAGAAGUGCCGAAAGUUGUCGUGCCAACUACGAGGCCGUUUCAAAGACCCCCGAAGCCUGGCAGCUCGAAAGCGAAACAAGAUAAGCCAAAGAUCAGUCAAAUGGAAAUGUUUAAAAUGGAAUUGCAGAGAGUUCAAGAAGAUCGAGAAAAACGGAAAGAUUUACGACAUCAUCUGGAAAAAGUUGGAAUGGAUCAAGCUGUAGUAGAGAGAUUGGCUCCAACAGUUGAAAGAGGAUUCCAGGGAACGUCGGAGUUUGACGAUGACCCGUAUACUACAAAUGUAUAUGUCUCUAAUAUUCCACAUUCAGUAACGGAAGACGAUCUAUUAUUUACAUUUGGUUCGUUCGGACCGUUAGCCGCACUGAAAAUUUUGUAUCCGAGAAGCGAAGAAGAGCGAAGACGGCCGCAUAUUUGCGCGUUUGUAGCAUUUAUGUCUCGUGCCGAUGUGGAUAGAUUUAUGGCUGAAGUUCGUGUAAUCAUCGUUCGGAAUGAGCCAAUUCGUUUCGCUUUUGCUCGUCCUGUCCAGAUUCCUGCUAUUCCUUACUACAUUCCACCCGUACUUCAUGCCCUUCAACAUCCCGAUCCAACUUCAAAUUUACCCUUCAAUGCACAACCGGAUUGUGCUGAUGCCAAAAAGUUUCUAGAAAAGUACAAUACAUUUCCACCGAUGCAUGCAUUGCCAACAAAAGGACAAUAUGGGUAUGAGGAUUUCACAGAACUGAUACGGAAUUCACAAAUUAGAGUUGUUGUCCCCCCGGACAGGAAGCUGGUCAGAGUAAUGGAUCGAAUGGCCGUUUACGUUGUAACCGAAGGACCUCAGUUUGAAGCUAUGAUAUGUGCAGAAGAGUUUCAAAAUCCAAUGUUCCAAUUUCUUUGGGAUAAUACCAGUGCUCUUCACGUUUACUAUCGAUGGAGAAUUUAUUCGUUGCUUCAAGGAGACACUAUUGAAGAAUGGCGGCGCACUCCAUUUCGAAUGUUCGAAAAUGGGUCAUGGUGGAUUCCACCGUAUCCCAUCAAUGAGUUAAGAGAUGCAAUGCCAAAAGAACUGUAUCAUAUGAAUUGCCUUAGAACCUAUCCGGAUAAAUGGAUGAAAGUACGUGACGGAGGUCAACGAAGAGGAGGUGAGAGCUCAAAGAAUCGUCGGAACUCGGAUGCUGAAAAGGAAGAACGAAAAAUGCGCAGGGAAGAGGAAAAAGAACGGAAACGAAGAGAGAAGAAUGAGAAAAAGAGGAAUAAUCGAAUGUCUGAUAAACGACGUGAUAAACUGGAGACAUUGAUUCGAGAGCUGACCCCUGAGAAGACGUCGAUAGCCGCUACGAUGGUUUGGUGUAUACAAAAUGCAAAAUAUGCAGCUGAGAUUUGCGAGUGUGUAUAUGAUAGUCUGACCAUUGAGGAUAUCCCACUUUAUAAGAAAAUUUCGAGGCUCUACCUCAUCAACGACAUUCUAUCGAAUUGUGUACAACGUAAUGUUCGGGACGUUUUUCUCUAUCGUUCUCACUUCGAAGCUCUUCUGGAGAAAAUUUUCGUUGCUGUCGGGAAAGCAUAUCGGGCGAUACCGUCUCGCAUCAAACAAGAGCAAUUCAAGCAGCGCGUGAUGUGUGUUUUCCGAAAUUUUGAGGAAAUGGCUGUAUAUCCUACAGAUAAACUGAUUCAUAAUCAAAAUGUAUUCCUGGGACUCAUUGAAAUCGGAAAAGAAAAAUCGGAAGAACGGGAUAACCAAAAACUGGAAGAAGAAGAAGACGAAGAAGACUUAGAUGGAGUACCUCUCGAAGAAGAAAAAUCAGUUCAAAAUAUGAACGAGUCUCUUUACGAUGAUGAUGGCAUCGACGGUAUACCAUUACACGAAGAAGUAAAACCAUCAACGUCUACUUAUUCAACUGCAAGUAAAUUCAAACCUGUUGAGUCUCGAAAACGUGAUGGCUCCCCUAUAUUUUCUUCAAAAUGGGACCACGACGGCCGAAAGUCGAAUGAAGAAGAGGAUGAAGACAUCGAUGGAGUCAUGAUUACAGACGACACGACUUCAGAGAAUCUACAACGAGAUAGUCUUUCUCCAGGAGAAAUCAAGGACAAAGAAUCUUCAUUUACCGUGCUCACACCUUCUGAUGAAAAACGAAGAAAGUUGAUACGAGACGUUGAAGUUCGUGCCAUCGCCAUGCUGGAUGAUUUAGAAGCUGACAGAGAUCCUGAUGCCAAGAGAAAAGUUGACGAGUUUAGAAGGUGUGAAAUGGAAAAAGUCGAGAAAGCAUUGCGAAGUGGAGAAUCUAAAAAGAGUGAUGAGAAAAGUGAAAGAAAGAGCGAAAAGAAAGAAAAGAAGCGUGAUAAAGAGAGGAAAAGAAGUCGUUCGCGUUCUCGUGACCGUGACAGAGAUAGGAGCCGCCGUGAUCGAUCAAGGGAUCGUUCCAGAGACCGAGAUAGAGAUCGUGACCGGGACAGACGGGACCGUGACAGAGACCGGGAUCGGGAUAGACGUUAUCGUUGAAUUGAAUAACUUUCCUUUCAUUGUUUUUUACAAAAUUAUCAUUUUUCCACUAAAUAAUCUUUUCAC